ACUCACCAAGUCCGCAUUUUGCAUUUCAAAAAAAAUCCCAGUCCGAACUGAAACACUCACAUUCAUUCAAAAUUCAUACACUCCGAUGGGUGUUACCAAGGAAAAUUGCCGAAACGAGCUCCGAACUGCAAUCCGUCAACUUACAGAUCGCUGCCUGUAUUCCGCUUCCAAAUGGGCUGCAGAACAAUUGGUGGGUAUUGAGCAAGAUCCGGCAAAGUAUCCGCCUUCGCAUACUCGAUUACAGCGGGACUGUUCCAGCAUUCGCCGCCGAUUUCGCUCUACUGAUGAAACAAUCUCCACCCCUAUCGCCGGUACAUCAUACGUCUCCACUCCAGUGCCGGAGGAGGAAAGCGAAGCCGCAGAUUCCGAUUUUUACCUUCUUGCAAAGACCUACUUUAAUUGUCGAGAGUACAGGAGGGCUGCCCAUGUUUUAUCUGACCAGACCGGCAAAAAAGCUUUGUUCUUGAGAUGUUAUGCUCUUUAUCUGGCAGGGGAAAAACGAAAAGAAGAAGAAACAAUCGAACUUGAAGGUCCUUUAGGUAAAAGCGAUGCAGUCAACAGUGAACUAGUCUCCAUAGAAAGAGACUUAUCAACAGUCCGAAAAAACAACACAAUUGACUCAUUUGGCCUUUACUUAUAUGGUCUUGUCCUCAAAGAAAAAGGCGACCAAAAUCUUGCAAGAACUGUAUUAACCGAAUCAGUCAACAGCUAUCCAUGGAACUGGAGUGCAUGGUUAGAGCUCCAAUCUUUAUGCACCACAAUCGACACACUCAACACUCUCAAACUCAACAACCAUUGGAUGAAAGACUUCUUUCUUGCAAGCUGUUAUCACGAGUUACGUAUGCAUAACGAAUCUUUAUCAAGAUACGAAUCUCUCCAAUCAACUUUUGGCUUUAGCAACUACAUCAAAGCCCAAAUAGCCAAAGCCCAAUACAGCCUACGUGAAUUUGAACAAGUGGAAGCCAUUUUUGAAGAGCUUCUAAGAAUCGACCCUUAUCGUGUUGAUGACAUGGACAUGUAUUCCAAUGUGUUGUAUGCAAAAGAAUGUUUUUCAGGCUUAAGUUACCUCGCAAGACAAGUUUUCAUGACAGAUAAAUACAGACCUGAAUCUUGUUGUAUAAUCGGGAACUAUUAUUCCUUAAAGGGUCUUCAUGAAAAAUCUGUUAUGUAUUUUAGACGCGCUUUGAAACUAAAUAAAAACUAUUUAUCCGCAUGGACAUUAAUGGGACAUGAGUAUGUGGAAAUGAAGAACACUCCAGCUGCUGUUGAUGCUUAUAGAAGAGCUGUUGAUAUAAACCCUUGUGAUUACAGGGCAUGGUAUGGGUUAGGUCAAGCUUAUGAAAUGAUGGGAAUGCCCUAUUAUGCCCUUCAUUAUUUCAAGAAAUCAGUGUUUUUGCAACCGAGUGAUUCAAGAUUGUGGAUAGCUAUGGCUCAGUGUUAUGAAACGGAUCAAUUGAGGAUGCUUGAAGAGGCGAUUAAGUGUUAUAGAAGAGCUGCUAAUUGUAAUGAUAGGGAAGCUAUUGCUCUUCAUAGGUUAGCAAAAUUGCAUAGUGAAUUAGGGGAAUCUGAAGAGGCUGCGUUUUAUUAUAAGAAAGAUUUGGAGAGAAUGGAAGAUGAGGAGAGAGAAGGGCCGAAUAUGGUUGAAGCUCUUUUGUUUUUGGCGAAUUAUUGUAGGGCUCAAAAAAGAUUUGAAGAAGCUGAAGUUUAUUGCACUCGUCUUCUUGAUUACAAUGGCCCUGAGAAGGAAACAGCGAAAAGUUUGCUUCAAGCGAUUAAAUAUGCACAAUCUGGUUUCCCUUCAAUGGAUGUUGAGCAUUUUCCUUCAUAAAGAGUUGAUUCGUUUUGUUUCAAGUAGUUUAGUGGUUUGUGUAAUCAUUCUUUAUGAUAUUAUUAUAUUGUAGUUGUUAGAUUCAUCCACAUUAUGAUUUCUUGUAGUUUUGUUUUUUAUCUUUGAUUUUGUAUGUGUCUUUUUUCAUGAAUGAAAUUGGAUGAUUGAUGCUGCAAUUGGUGACUAAAUUGAUAAUAUGGU